CGCGCGCGCGUCCACACGAGGAGCUUGCUCGUCUCUCUCCAUGGUGCUGAACCGAGCCGGACCCAAGAACCAGCAGCCGCUCGGGCUGCGGUCCUGAGAUCCUCCCGGAGUCCUGCAGGAACCAGAACCGACCCGGCUUUCUUCACCUGCGCGGCGCGGAGUUAAACCUGGAGAUAUUCUUUGAGCAGAACCAGAACCAGAACCGGAGCGUGUCUGGACCGGGACCUAACAGUUCCUCCUUCAAGUAAAACAAGAGAGAAGCAGAACCUCGGACCUGAACCCAGAUGGUCGUUUAGGAGAGGCCGCGACCAGAACCAUGGAGGGGUCCGCCAACAACGGCUCCAGCUUCGGCAUCGACUCGCUGCUGUCCCACCGGCCGGGGAGCCCCGUGUCCAAGGGGGACGCGGGGUGCCGCUCGCCCCUGGACUUCAGCCCCCGGUCCGACGCGGAGAGCGGCUGCUCGUCGCCCCCGUCGCCCCGGAGGGAGUGCGCGGAGGAGGCGGCGGCGGGGGCGCACGGCGCGGCGCUGCCGCCGCACCUGCAGCACGCGCAGGUGUCCCAGCAGAGGACAGUCACGUCGUCCUUCCUCAUCCGGGACAUCCUGGCGGACUGCAAGCCUCUGGCCGCGUGCGCGCCCUACUCCAGCAACGGGCAACCGGCGCAGGAGGCCAAGAUCACCGACGACUUCCUGGAGAAGAUCCACAGCAACUCGUCCUCAGACAGCGAGUACAAAGUGAAGGAGGAGGGGGACAGGGAGAUCUCCAGCAGCAGGGACAGUCCCCAGGUCCGGCUCAAGAAGCCCCGGAAGGCCCGGACCGCCUUCACGGACCACCAGCUGGCGCAGCUGGAGCGCAGCUUCGAGCGGCAGAAGUACCUGAGCGUCCAGGACCGCAUGGAGCUGGCGGCCUCCCUCAACCUGACCGACACCCAGGUCAAGACCUGGUACCAGAACCGGAGGACCAAGUGGAAGAGGCAGACGGCGGUGGGCCUGGAGCUGCUGGCGGAGGCCGGGAACUACUCGGCGCUGCAGCGGAUGUUCCCCUCCCCCUACUUCUACCCGCAGAGCCUCGUGUCCAACCUGGACCCCGGGGCGGCCCUCUACCUGUACAGGGGCCCCUCGGCGGCGCCCCCUCCGGCCCUACAGAGACCCCUGGUCCCGCGGAUCCUGCUGCACGGCCUGCAGGGGGGCAGCGAGCCGCCGCCGCCCCCUCCUCUGCCCCCCAUGUCCGGCGUCCUUCCCCGGCCCGCGCAGCAGCGGUGAGCCCGUCCCUGCCGCCGGGACUCGAACACUGGAACUCGUUCAAAUGAACAAAAGAGAGA